AUGGCCUCAUUUCCCUCCACGGGUGCGCACUCGUCCCCCGCCGAUGGUCAGAACCAUGACCGAUUAAUCGCCGAGAUGCACAACCACCACGACCAUCAUCAUCACCAUCCCCACAAUAACCUCCACGAUAGCCACAACCCGCUAGCCUCUGCGAUGGCUGAUUCGGGCGAGAUCACGGCGGUGCAAAAGAUGCUCUCGGCCACGUCGGGCAGCCUGCUGACCGCGCUGCUGGCCACGCCGUUGGACGUCGUACGCGUGCGCCUGCAAGCACAGCGCAUCUCGAAGCCGACCGCUACCCGCGCUCCCAUUGACUGGACGCGCCUCGCAAUCCCUUACCCAGCCAACUUCCGCCCUGCCGACCUCGGCGUUACUGCUUGCUGCCGCGAGGUGUUUUUCAGCGCUAACACCGCUGAGGUAUGCAUCCUGGGCCCGCACGUGUCUGUUGCUGGUGCUCCUUCGUCUUUUACGCCUACAACUUCCUCAUCUACGGCAGCUGCCAUCUCUUGCGCCGUCGAAGAGACCCAGCAGCGUACUUUCAACUCGACCAUUGAUGGCCUGCGCAAGAUCGCCCGCCACGAGGGCAUCACGACCCUCUGGCGUGGCCUCUCACCGACCCUGAUCAUGGCGAUUCCCGCGAACAUCAUCUAUUUCACCGGCUACGACUGGCUGCGCUACAAUCCUUCGUCGCCCUUCCGUCGCAUUCCCCUUGUCACCGAUGAGUACGUGCCACUCGUGGCUGGCUCCGUCGCCCGCGUGCUCGCCGCUACCGCUGUUUCUCCCAUCGAGUUGUUCCGUACUCGCUUGCAGGCUGCACACGGCCAGUCACAUCCUCUGAGGGAGACGUUCCGCGGUGUCAAGCAGAUGGUUGAGGCACAUGGUUAUCGCGCGCUCUGGAGGGGCUUGACACUCACCCUGUGGCGGGACGUUCCGUUCUCGGGGAUUUACUGGUACGGAUAUGAGACGAUCCGCGGCCGGUUGAGGGAGUGGAGGGAAGAAAGAAAGGCAGCAGCUGUUGGCUUCCCGCACCAUCAUCACCAGCACCAUCUUCGCCACGUAGAAUUCGCCGGUACCAACGACAUGGAACGCGGCCGGACAAUGGAUAGGAUCUCCGCGACACUCCGCACGCGCUCCCAGUCUCGCGAGAACCACCGCGAGACCUUCACCGACAGCUUCAUCGCCGGCGCCAUGUCGGGCGGUUUCGCUAGCGUUGUCACCAUGCCCUUCGACGUGGGCAAGACCCGUACACAAGUCUUUCGCGACGCCAAGUCAUCCUCCGCUGGCGCUGCUGCGGCUGCAAACGCUAAAGCAGCUGUCGCCCCCGAGGAGACAAACAUGGUGCGUCUGCUGUGGCAUAUUUUCCGUGCUGAGGGCAUCUCUGGCCUCUUCCGUGGCUGGAUUCCGCGCACCCUGCGUGUGGCGCCGUCUUGUGCAGUCAUGAUAAGUAGUUAUGAGGUGGGGAAGAGGGUGUUUAAGGGAGUGAAUGAGCGGCACGCGAGGGAGCGAGGGCAGGUGCAGAGAGAGAUGGAGAGGGAGCCUUAA